UGUACAGCCCCUAGGGAAAUACACAAGCGUCAUAGCCCUCUAACUUGUUCAACAACUAAAUAGCGAAAUGAUUCUGAAUUUGUACUGAAAUUUUUUAAUGCGCGGAACGGAGCCGAAAUCGGAGGUAAGCGCAUAGGCGGAGCUUGUAGCUGUGGAAACGCCGCACGUGAGAGGUGAGUGCGGAUGUCACGUGAGUGGGAGGUCCAACUUCUGGGCGGUCUAAAUGCCGUGGGAACGGAUCUUGUAAUAGGCAUUACCUCCACUCUAAACUUGAAGUCGUCGGCUCUCGUUCCUUGCACAGCUCAAACUCCCACUACCAGCGCUGGUCGCCGGGUGGCUUUGCUAUUUGCGUUGAGCAUCAGACGGUAUUCAAAGUCUCGUGUAAUCAACAUGACUCAGACACUCUACGUUGGAAAUCUGCCUCCAGAGGCAGACCAGGAAGCUCUACAGCUCGUUUUCGGCCAGUACGGCGGCUUGAACAGCGUCACUAUGAAGGGAUCAUACGCAUUUGUUGUGUUUGAAGAGACGGUAGAUGCGGAAAAGGCAUUGAACAGUUUGAAUGGUGCUGACAUGCUUGGUUCGGUUCUUGUUGUGCAGCCAUCACAUCAGCAGAGAGCAAACGGGAUACGACAGAUUUCCAUGGGCAAAGUUGAAGUCGGUCUCAUUCCAUCGCACAUCAGUUGGCUGGAGGUUCAAGGCACGCUGAGCACCGCAGGGAAUAUUCUACACAGUCAACUUGCAGAAGCAGGUGAUGGACAGAACAGAACGUACUCUGUUGUGUUUGAGACUCUGCAGCAAGCAGAAUUAGCUGCUCAACAGUUCAAUGGAGCCGACUUUCAAGGCAUCAAACUGAGGGUGAAGUUUGUUGAGGAGAUGAGGCCAUCUACCCCACCUAGCCUUCAGUCCAUGUCACCAGGUCAGCAGAGUGGACAGCGAAUGAUAGGUGGAGGACAUAGGUCAAGAUCAGUGCACACAGAGUUUCCUCUCAGAAUUCUAGUGCCCAGUGAUAUGGUCGGUGCUAUCAUUGGAAGAGAAGGAAACACUAUCAGGAUGCUUACUCAGAAAACUAAGGCAAGAGUGGAUGUUCACAGGAAGGAGAAUCCAGGUGCAUUAGAGAAGGCUGUUACUAUCCUUGGAACUGAGGAUAGUUGCUCUUCUGCUUGCUAUGAGAUACUAAAGAUAAUGCAAGAUGAAGUGAUUGCUACAACUGGUUAUUAUGAGAAUGGAUUGGACAGGAUUCAUCCUCUUCCAGCAAUUCCUCUAAAGGUGUUGGCACAUGAUGACUUGAUUGGGAGGCUUAUUGGUGUGUUGAGCAAGGGAGGCUAUUCUUUGAAGAAGAUAGCAACUGAUACUAAUACAAGGGUCAAUAUCUCGAAGCAAUCUGAUUUGACUCCUUGGAAUAUGGAAAGGACAGUUACCAUCACUGGAACGAUUGAGAACUCAUCAAGAGCUGAAAGGGAGGUUAGUCGCCGUCUCAGACAGUUUUAUGAAGAUGAUAUGGCAAAGCUGGUGCAUCAAGCUAUGCCAAUGUUAGGUGCCAAAGGGAAUGUUAUGUCAAGAGGAGGAUCUCAUUCCCCAGGAUCAAUGUCUCCCAGUCCACCACAGUAUAGUUCUAACUCGACACUUGGUUCAUCCUCACCCCUCAGUGACCCUGUGUCUCACUGGAAUGAUACAACUGACAGUCCAGAAGAGAAGGAAAUAGAGACUGUUUAUAUGUAUAUUCCAUCUGUCUUCUUCCAUAUGGUCUUUGGUCCCAGGGGUUCCAAUAUACCAGCUAUGAAUCGACUGUCCAAGGCCACCAUCAAGAUAUGCAGAGGAAGUGAGAGAGAUCCGGAGAUGGCUGUGCGAAUUACUGGCCCAGCUGAGGCUCAGUGGAAGGCACAGUUGUGUAUUUUCAAUCAUUUGAAAGAGGAAGGGAUGGCCAAUGGGAAAGAUGUCCGCCUCACUGUUGAAGUGCUUGUUCCCUUUAAUCUAAUAGACAAACUCACUGGACGAGGCAGUGCAAUGAUCCAAGACAUUCAGACACAGACUGGAGCUCUUCUGAAUGUUCCACGAGUUGUUACUGACAGUGGGGAGAUACCGGUUCAAAUUUAUGGGAGUUUUCAGUCGUCCCAGACUGCUCAACAGCGCCUUCGAUUGUUGGUGUCUCGUAGCAUCUCAUCCUUGUCAGCAUCAUCGUCUCCUCCCCCCAUUUCACCUCAGCAGAAAUAUUUGCCAAAACCAUUAAAUCAGUUCUCUGCGCUCUCUCCAUUCCCUCUUUCCAGCCUCAACCCAUGGGCUCCCGAGUUCCACCUGCCACUAUAAAAUGAGAUCGUUGUCAUAAGCAAACUGUCUUACUGCUCUACAUAUCAUCAUUCAACUAGUUUCGAAGCCAGCCAUUAUAAGUCUCUUGUCCAAGUGAUCAUAUAUUCUAAGACUACUGUAUAGCUGUGUUAGCCAACUGCGCUAUGGCAACCAGAGUUUACUAUUGUGCUCGUAGCUUUUUGUUUAUUACCUGUGAGAAAGACAAGAAGGUGUUCCUGCUGGUCAAGGAUCACUGCUAAGGGACGAUAUACCUCACAUUCUCUUGCAUUUCAUUAUAGCAGAUAUUGUACUGAUCUAGAUAUCACUGGAUGACGACCUUAGAGUUAGCGAGAUAAGAUUUUCAGCUCUAUUUAAUGAAUUGGUUCUUACUGUA